AUGGACCAUAUAGAACAGUACAGCAGGAUGGAACUGAAUUCGACCCCAGAGGUGCUAUUGCGUAAGCGCAGAAAUGCUGAAAGAACUAAGGUAGAGAAGCAGCAGGCUGCUAGGGAAAAGCAAGCUGUAUUGCAAAAGCAACGUAGACAACGUAAGCACCGCUUUGUUAGACCAGAGACUAUUGUGGCCACAACGUUGGCUACUACCCGUGAAAAGGAGCGUGUGCGUAGAGUCUCGAAGUUGACUGCCAAGAAGGCUAGGGAAGGUGCGGCACAUUUGCCUUCUGAUAGGGAUUAUAUUCUCAAGAUCACUGAGAAGCCAGCCAACGAAGUGGAUGAGAAUGACGAAGAUGACGACCAAUUGGUGCGUGAAAAGAAAGUUUAUGACGGCGAGCCUGCUCUGUUGUUUGUUGUACGUGUUAGGGGUCCCACAGCGGUUAAUAUUCCACAUAAGGCUUUUAAAGUGCUAAGUCUGCUGAGAUUAGUCUCUACAAACACUGGUGUCUUUGUUAAAUUGACCGAUAAAGUUUACCCUUUGCUGAAGAUAAUUGCUCCUUAUGUCGUUAUCGGUAGACCGUCUUUGUCAUCGAUCCGUUCGCUAUUGCAAAAGAGAAGUACAGUGCUUCAUCAAGGAGAACAAGAUACCGAACCUCGUGAGAUAGCUUUGAAUGACAAUAACAUUGUCGAGGAAAGACUAGGAGAUCACGGUGUUAUCUGUCUUGAAGAUAUCAUUCAUGAGAUAGCUACACUGGGCGAUUCAUUCUCUCAGUGUACCUUCUUCUUGCAACCUUUCAAGCUAAACAGAGAGAUUUCUGGGUUCAGCGCUCUGACACGUUUAAAGAAGAUCAAACAAAAGGAACAGUCACUCAAGACCCGCCAAUUUUCUAACGCUGCCACUGCGCCAGUCAUCGAAAUCGAUAUUGACUCUCUCAUCGCUAGGCUCAACUGA